GCGCUUUGUGCGCAAUACUCAACAGUCAAUAGGAAUGAAAAUAAAAUAUUUCCAAUUGUUUAGUUACAGAAUACAGACCUAACAAUAUUUUAAGAGAAUAAUAAUUAGUUUUAUCGGUUCUAUUUAAUGAACAUUUCAAGGUUUCAUUUUGUGUUUGUUACCAAGGUGAACUCUACAUAAUUGGUUAAUGGUUCGUUCAAUGCCAGGAGGCAAAGUAUGUAAGGUAAUCGAUGCAUAAUAAUUAUUUUAAGACAAAAGACUGAAGCCUCGUCCUUCACACAUAAGAGCAUCGCUAUCAAUGCACGCUACAAAUGAGUGUAGUUCGAAGCGAUUAUGAAGUAACUUUAACAGUGCAUGUGUAAGUACCUACGUAGUGUACACAUGCACAACGUUAAGUAAUCGCUUUAAAAAUACGUGCACACUAAUUUAAGCUGUACACUGAUCGCUGGUGGUGGGUUUUCUGCUUGUUACAUUCUUAUCAUAGUUUAUCAGGUAACACAAAUAAAUGUAAUUACUAAUGGGUGAUAACACAUACUAGUUUCAUAUUAUGGCUAAUGUAAAGGCUAGAGUUAACACUUCUAAAACUUCUAAUACUAAUAAGAAGGGUAAAGUUGGCAGGCCCAGAAAAUUAACAAGUGUUAAAAAUGUAAAGGACAAGAAUAUGGUGCUUAAAAAGUUUAAUACAAGGUCAAGUGGUAAGAUUUCAAAGGCAAAAGUAUUACUAGACCCUAGAGUUGUCCGUGAUAAAAAUGACAAGGAAGCAGAUGGAAAUCAAUCUAAAUUAAAAAAACUCUUGUUGCGUUCAGGGCAUAUCAGAUAUAAAAAUAAAUUUGAUUUCAAUGUGUUGGAUGAAAUAUUAAAGAGCGAACUUUUGAUUAAAGAGCAUACUGAGAAACUGUCUGCUAAGAUAGCAAAAAAUACUAUACCAAAGAAAAAAAAUAAAACUAAUACUAGCAAAUGUCAGGAAUCUAGAAAAGAGACAAAGAGCAAUGGUUUGUUAGAAGAGCCUAGAACUAUAAGUCCGAGUGGGCUCAUUCAUAAAAGACUGGGUCAGGAAGGACAGUCUGAGGUAUAUCCAAACACCAAUAAUUUUCCUAAAAAUAUAAGUGAUGAAAAAAUAUCAGAAAUUCUUGGAUGCAAAAGCAUUGGUAAAAUAUUUAUAUGCAACUACUGCCACAAAGGAUUUAAUAGUAAAGAGACUAUAAAAAGACAUAUAAUGAUUCAUAUGAAUGUACCAAAUAUACCUUGCCCACAAUGUAACCGAAUUUUUAGCAAUACUUUUUAUCUAGCAGCUCAUACUAGAAGACAACAUCCUAAUUGGGAAAAACAUUAUAUGUGUAAUAUUUGCGACAUGCCAUUUUUACUGAAGUCCAAUUUAAAAGUGCAUUUAACCAGUCAUAGCCAAAAAGAAAAAAUGUUUAAAUGUAUUUAUUGCAAAGAAAAAUAUCAAGAUCAACAUGCACUGGUACAACAUGAGAAGAAGCACUUAGUUGAUGAUAAAUAUUUAUGUAUCAUUUGUGAUAUGGCCUUCGAUUGCAGAAAUAGACUAACAAGUCAUUAUAGAAUUCAUAGAAAUGUAAAAGACUUUAUAUGUCAGGAAUGUGGCAAAGGAUUUUUAAGACUGAAUUCAUUAAGGCGGCAUGUGCAAGUCAGUCAUUCUGGACACCGUUUACAGUGCCCUGUAUGUAAUAAAAGUUUGAAAGGUCAUUUAGCAGAACAUAUGCGCACUCACAACAACAAAAGGCCCCAUGAGUGCCCAGAUUGUGGCCAGCGUUUCACUCAAUCAACUCAGUUGACAGUCCAUCGAAGAGCUCACACAGGAGCUCGUCCAUACACUUGCAGAAUCUGUGAUAAGCCAUUCUCACAUUCAAAUGCUUUGAUGUUGCACAUUCGUAUACAUACAGGUGAAAAACCUUUUAGUUGUGCAAUGUGUCCAAUGUCUUUUUCACAACUGCCACACAUGAAAGCACAUAUGCGCAAUAUACAUGGAAAAGUGAAUCCAUAUCGAUGUCCUAAAUGUGACCAAUUUUUUAAAUUAAAAGCUGAUUUGGAUAGUCACAGUAAAAGUUGUAAGAAAAGUAAGACUAAUGCAAAGGCAUCACAAGAUGAUAAAUUGGAAGAGGCGGAAAUUACAAAUAGGCUCACACGUAUGAGAUUCCUUCUAGCACUGCUGCUCACCAUGAUUGCAACCAAAGACAAGCUCAAGUAUUUGGGAUUCAACAAACGAUUAAUUGAUGAACUUUUAAUGGAAUCACUGGAGGCAAUGGGCCACAAACCCUGCAAGGAUUCUACUCUUACACCGUUUGACCGUCUCCAGAUCAAUAUACAGAUGUUGUUAGAGGGUACAGUGCCCACAGAUCAGAUGGAUAUGUUCAAAAAGGAAUCUAAAACAAUAGAGCAAAUUUUGGAAUUGCUGACUGAUGAGAAAAGGCGACCUUGAAUAUGUAGUUACUAUUUGGAUAUGAAUAUGGGUUCUCAAUAUUCGGAAAGGUUUAAUGCUCGCCUCCACAGCAUGAUGAUGACGGACAUCACAAAAUAAUGUAAUAAUAGUAAGAAUAUUUACGGCAAAUAUAUUAUAGUUAUAUUUAAAAUCGAAUGUUAAACAAUUGUAGCAUGAAAUUUAAUGAGUAUUUAAAAGUGUGACAAGAUUUGAUGAAUUUAAGAGAAUAUACAUACUUUCUUAUUGGGUCGCCAUACACUUAAAAUGUGACAGUUAUAAAAGUUUAUAUGACAAAUAACAUGUGACCAAUAAGAAUAGAUUUAUGCCAAUUAUUAUUGUUUUGAUAAAAUAGUAGUGACAACUUUACUAAAUUAAUUCUAUAAUUAUUCAAUUCUAUUGUAUUCUAUUAUAUUUCAACUAAUUUAAAGUUAUAAAAAAAAAACAAAUUAAAGCGUUUAAUGAAACCUCCGUGACAGUAGAGAACUAUUUUCAUUUUAUAUAUUUAUAUAUUCAUAUUUUUUAUUAAUUUAAAUUAGUAGACAUUAAAAGAAAAUGUAAAUUGUCUCUUAUGGUUUACCUACCAAUAGAGCAAAUCUCUAUUGGUAAUAUAUAAUAAAAAAUGUCAUAAAUGGAGGCAUAAUUAUGGAUUAGGGGUAAAAUGAGUCUUCUCUGUAGAACCUAAUUUUAGUAGAAAUUUCUAUUAAGAGCGCGUAUUCGAUUCGCGACGAAUACUUCGUUUUUGAGUUUUAUUCCCGAGCUAUAUCAGAAUGACGUGAGCAGAUUUGAUGAUUAAAAAGAUUUUAGAAAGUUUAAGUCUAGAUUUAGUGCACUGUCAGUAAUAUAUUAUAUAUUAUAUUGACACUUUCAGGGAAAUAGAGUCAGAGUUAUCUUUCAGGACGAAUACAUACAACCAUCGUAGUGUGUUAUAAUGUUUUAUUUUAUGCUUUUAUCUAGCGGAACACGUAGACUUAAAGUGCACUACAGAGCCCAAUGACAUUAAUAUGGCCAUUAUAUGUUUAAAAAAUACAAAGUCGAUUCACUUUAACAUGUUUUCAUCACCAGUACUUGAAUAGAAACGUAACUAAUAUAUAUAUUUUUUUAUAAAAUUUACUUUUUUUUAUGUAAAUACUGAUAUUUCAGUCAGUUUUUACGAACCCGUUUAUUGAUACACAAUUAUUUUAAAACGUUAGAAAUUUUCGCGCGCCACCAUUGCCGAAACAGUCCGUGCAGGGUUAGCAAAAUUGAAUACGCACUCUUAAAUCAGAGUGGCGGUACAGAAGCAAAUGGGUAAAUUCCAAAGGAGCGCCAAAUUUAUAUAUUAUGUUUAAUAAUAAAUCAAUUGUAGUAAAACUUUUCAUACAUUUUUGAUUGUUUAUUUUUUGAAUGAAACAGCUGAAUUCAUUCAUACCCUCUUGCUACUGUGCAACUGUUUUGGCUAAAUAACUAAAGUUAUUUUUAAUUGUAGCCUGACAACGGAUAAUUGCAUCUCGUUGUUUAUGAACAUUUUAUUUAUGAAUAUAAGAAAUGAAAUGAAUUAAUUGCUUGCCUUGAGACCAAUGUUAAUUAUUAUAUGCAUUGAUGAUAAUACCAAAGGAUAAUUUAUUGUUAAAUAUGUGUGCCAUUUUGUUCAACUUGUUUUAUUAUUUAUUGGUUAUUAUAGUUUUAAUAAAAUAAUGGAAAGUACCUACCAAUCAUGAAUUGUGCACUGAUAAUUUUGUUAAAUUGAGCCACAGUGAUAGUUUAAAUUAUUAUUUUAAAUGUGUUUUUGGGUUUGCUAACAUCAGUUAGUAAUUAAUAAAUAUAAUAAUAGUAUACGUAUUUUGUAUUGUUCAUUUAGGUUAAAAUAUAUCAAACGAAAUUUUAUAAUUUCGCAUAGAAUUCACCUAUUAUUAAUAAAUUGAUUUAUGAUUUAUUUAUGAAUAACAAAUAUGAAUACAACAAAAUAAACCAAAUAAUUUGUAAGUAUAUUUAAUUGUAAGUUAAUAGAGUUAUUUAUUGAUAGAUUUUAGGAGUAGUUUAUUUUAUAUUUAAUCUUACUGCUUAACAUAAUGCUAGUAGUUUUAAAGCGGUUUUAUCCAGCCAUAAUUUUGCAUAUCAUUUUUUUAAGUGUAUUGGUAUAGUUGUCGUCAUUUACUUUAACCAUGCUUUCUUUUUCUUCUAUACAUUACAUAAUAUGGUAAAUUAGACAAGAUAGGCGCUACCUCCACGAGCGAUUGUAUUUACGAGUCACCCUUUCUCUCGUUGUACAAUACUUGUUUUGUUGAGAGUUCAAAUUCCGCUGGGAAUGCGUGUUUCGACAAUAGCACGACGAUUCGUUGACGUUUUGAUCGCAUUUACGGCCGUUUCGAUAACAUAUCUGUUCAGACUUAACGCCUGCACAAAUAUUACGCCAAAGCACCCGCAUCAGGCGCUUGGAGAUUCUUCAUACAUCUGUCAUGUAAUCUGUCACUCUCAAUCUGUACUCACGUCACUUGACCUACGAUCAUUGUACAAUUCACAUCCUUUUUGAAUUACAUUAAUUUAUUAAUUAUCUGGGCAUUUAAUUUACACCAUUCUAUACGCUAAAGAUAGAACAAUAUCUCUAGUUACGGACACAUUGCUGUCACCGUUUAAUGACAAGAUCUUAUCUAUUUAUAAUUAUGUCCAAUAUUGUUAUAGUCCAAUGCUUAAUGUCGAUCGGUUAUUGAAAUGUAAGUAAGCGUAAAAGGAUAAAUUUGUCUUACCUCUAGUAAGUUAAACUUAGGAUAGAUGGGUUAUUGAAAACGGCCGUUAGCCAAUCGUCGUAUACAGAUAGAAAUACACGCCUCGAUAAUAUUAAUACUCGCUCGUGUAAGUGCCGCCUUAGGGCUUACCCACAUUCACAAGAAUUUCGUAUUAGCAAAUGCUGAUAUUCCACCGUAAUCUUUAUUUUUAAAAUUGAUUGUAUUUGAAAUAUCUAUCCAAGAAACUUAACUUUUCUUAUUAUUUAAUUAUGUGGCCUAACUAUAUUAUUUUAACAUUUGAAUUCCGACGAUAUCCUAUGUGUUUUUAACAUAAAUUGAAUACGUCAACAAUUAUCUAAUUUAUAUUUAUAAUAGGUCAAUCAAUAUUUAUUAUUUUUAAUAGAAUAUGCUAUGUAUAAACUUUAGCUUUCUGUAACCUCUAAACUGCAUAUGAAGUCCUGGUACAUGUUGCUAGUAUGACACAUGAUUUUAAUAUAUAAUACAUUACUAACACCGCUACCAUAUUUAUGUUCUCCUGGUGUCUAUGCAGUUAUAAGUCGUGCGUAUGACAUAAGAAUAUAUUAAGGUAUACCUACUCGCGUGAUACAUAAAAAUAAAAUAGUAUGCAUAUUUCUGACUCAUUCUUUGCCAGCUUCAUCCUACACAUUUUUGUAUUUGUGUCUCUUACCUGUCAUUUUUUGCGUUGCAUCCGGUUUGAAAUCACAACGAUUCUAAAGAAGUUUCACUUCAAAAUGCAAAAGUUUUAUAUUUCGUCAUAGCCGUAUUAUUUUUGUAAAGAGAUCCAUAUUUCCACAAAGGCCACCAACUUUUAGGCUUCUAUUCUAUUAUUUCUAAUUUCUAUUUUGGCUAUUGCGGAAGGGUGACUCACAAUUUAGCCAAUGACUGGUUGAGGUAGGACACCACGUAAUGACUAUGGAGAAUACUGAAUAUUUUAGUGUUGAAUGGGUAGGGGAGGGGGGUAUGAUCACAAGAUUUGACAGUAACAGCAGUCAACUGUUAAAAUACAAACUCAUACACAGUCAUUAAAUAUAUAAACCCCAUGUCAUUAAAUAUAUUAGCCGGGGUAAAAAUUGUCCUCAACCUGACAUUAUAUUUAUAUUUCCAUUGCCUUAGGUUAAGGAUUGGUCUCCGCUGCGCUCCAACUAGAUACCGCAAUACCUAAGAACAAUAGUUUUUUUAUUACGGAAACUACGAGGGCUGCACUAAAAGUAUCGGGAAUGGAAUAUUUCCACUGUUCCUGUCAUAUUAAAAUCGUUUUAAGUUAUUGAAAACUCCUUAGUUGUAAAAAUCGAAUACCAUUUAUUUAUUUAAAAAAAAACUCGGUCUUGUCACAAGGUCUUUUCAAACUUGUUUAGUCGUUGAGAAAAUGGAAUUGACUCGAGAAAAUUCUAAAGCGAUUGUUUUCCCGAUGGAUACCGCAUUUACUCUGUGAAGAGCAAAAAGCGGCUCGCGUUACUUGGUGCGUCAGAACUCUCGAAAGAUUCCACGCAGGAUCCUCAAAUGCUGUAUACAACAUCGUAUGAGGUGACGAAUCCUGGAUAUACGUGUACGAACCCGAAACAAAAAACCAGUCACGAGUUUGGGUGUUCGAAAAUGAGUUAAAGCCAACAAAAAUUGUUCGUUCACGGAAUUUUGCAAAAAAAAUGGUGGCCACGUUUAUCUCCAAAACCGGCCAUGUUGCGACUAUUCCUCUUGAGGGACAAAGAACGGUUAAUGCAGAAUGGUAUGCUAGCAUUUGUUUGCCACAGGUCGUUUCUGAACUCCGUAAAGAGAACUGCAAGCGCCGCAUCAUCCUCCAUCACGACAAUGCGAGUUCUCACACCGCGUACAGAACAAAAGAGUUUUUAGAGCAAGAAAACAUAGAAUUAUUAGACCAUUCGCCGUACAGCCCCGACCUAAGCCCUAAUGAUUUCUAUACUUUCCCUAAAAUAAAUAAUAAAUUGCGUGGUCAGAGAUUUUCAUCACCUGAAGAAGCUGUGGACGCCUACAAACCGGCCAUUUUGGAUACCCCAACUUCCGAAUGGAAUGGUUGCUUCAAUGAAUGGUUCUUUCAUAUGGAAAAUGUGUCAAAUUUCGCGGAGAAUACUUCGAAAAGCAAUAAAAACAUUUUUAAAUAGUAAUGUUGUGUCACUUCCUUGAUUCCCGAAAUUUUCAGUGCCGCCCUCGUAUUAGAUACUUGUGUGCGUGGCAUUUUGACACUCAAUGGCAUCUUUCAAAUUUUGUAUUGUGAUACCUGUGGCUUUCUUAUUUCUUACAAGAAAUUUGUAAAAAUGAUACUACAGUAUCAUUUUUACAAAUUUCAUUGUACCUGUGUUUUUACAUUCGAUUUUUGCGUAAAAGUUACGAUUUUAUUAUUAUUUUAGGGACUUAUAAAAAUCUUUUUAGCGGUCACCUAAACCAGUUAUUUCUUUUAAAGGUACUUCUGUACUUCACAUUUUUUUUGUGCAAAAUAUGAAAUACUGAAUUCUUUGCAAAAAAAAAAUAUAUUAGGUAUUUAAAUACGUAAGUCGACAAUCCUCUAAAGUGUAUGUAUGUAGAGGUUGUUAUUAUAUUUUAAGCUACCGUAUAAGUAAUUAAUUAGCGAUGAUAUAUAGGUACCAAAUUUCUUGCCAAUUUUUCGUUUAAUGGAUAACUUAGAUAAUUUAUACAUCUAGAUUGCGCCUCUUGCUGUUAGGCGCAUCACAAUAGGCCAGGUUUAUUACUUUAGUGUGCACGACAGCUACGUCUUACACUCGCGAAACGUCCGUCACUUUGUUUAAGUGUGCGUGCGUUGCUCAAAAUUGAGGCUAGCAGUUGGCCGCUAUGUUUCCUGACGCGUUUACAUCUGUCACCGUCUAUCCAGACGUAUAAAUUAUCUAAGGGAUAUAAGUUAUUGCCAGUUUUGAUUUUGACCAAAGAUUGUCUCUAAUGAACCAAAGGAAAAAAGAAAAGAAAUAUUUAUUUUUCAUUAAAGAGUAUAUUUAUUUAUAAGUUCUGUUUUUGCGAUAACACGGAGUAUUAUAUUUUUAAUCUGUGUAGUACCUAAUUAUAAUUAAAUAAGAUAGCGUUAUUUAAGUUGGAUAUUAUACACAUUUAUUAUAAGUUAUUAAUUAUGGCACGUGUUGCCAAAGACUAGUUAUUAAAAUAAAUAAAUGUUUCAAUAUUAUA